UCCCAUGUCGUCGUUGAUAUUAAAUUGAUAACAAUGGCGUCUCUCACCCCCGGCGUUCUCUCAAAGCUCAUCGAAAACGCCGGUAAUAAAAACUCCAAAGUCACCGGCGAGCACCGGACGCCUCUUCUCCAAGUCCUCCAGAUCCUCCCUUCUCUUCCCGGUGCCGGUGACGACGACCAUCAAAACGAUCCGUUUCGUACCAGAGGCUUCUUCUUGAAACUCUCCGAUUCUCUCCAUUCCGCUUACGCUUCCAUUUCCGACGACGACUUGGAUUUAAUUUACAGCGAUAAGAUUCAAUUGGGUCAAUUCGUUCAUGUCUCCCGGUUCGACCCGGGCCGGUCUGGUUCUCGCGUUCCGAUUCUUCGUGGGUUGAAGCCGGUUUCUAGAAGAAGACCUUGCGUUGGAAAUCCCGUUGAUUUGGUCUCCAGCGACUUGCUCCCGAUUUCACGCGCCGCUGUAGGCGCUAAUGGUUUCUCGAAACGUACGGUUGAGCCGAGGAGGAGGUUGAGUUUGGACUCGGCGCGGCGGGGUUGGGACCGUGGGACUCCGCCGGCUUCUACAGCUGUAAAGGCCGCCGGUUCGCCACCGGGGAGGGGUUCAUCCGAGAAAGGGUCGGCCAAGGCAUUGAAGUUUUCGCCGCUAAAAACUAAAGAUGAGGGCUCAUUGGUACGGAAGCCGACGAGUGCAGUUAUUAAACGCAAAGAUGUGAAGUCAGCGGCUGUGAACCGCCCCAUUCCGGUGGCGGUGGAUUUGAAAAGGUGGUCGGAGAAGAGUAUUGCGUGGAGGGCGCUGCCGUCGACGGUGGCCGUUGCUGGAAAGAAAAGCGUUAGGAGUCGAAAUCUUGCAUUUAUGACGGCCGUUGAUGCGUUGGAAGAAGCAUCAGCCAUUGAAGCCGUCCUCCACUGCAUGUGUUUAUUUGCAAAAGUAUCGGAAUCUUCAAAGCAAGUGUCUGGUGGGUCAUUGGUUGAGCAAUUUUUACAGCUCUAUGAGAGGAUCCAACAAGCACACGCAUCCUUGAAUUCCCUACUCAACAAAAUGCCAUCAGCUGAUUCAAGCUUGGUCACCGAUGGCCAUAACAACAUCAAUGCCACUUCAUGGAUUCAGGCUGCCAUUGCUACAAAUCUUUCAAGUUUCAAUUUGUUCGAGACGAAAGACGAUCUCCAAACACAAGCUCGAGACAAACAAGUCUACAUCGUCAUUGAGAACGCGGCGAAGAAACUCGAUUUUGAAAACCAUUUCCCUAAACUGACCCCCACGAAUCGCAAAAACUAUCCACGUGAUUCUAGUGCUAAGCUCUCGUAUGCAAAGGAAGAGUGGCGUAGAGGGAAUGGGUUAAAUGAGGCGGCUGAAUUAGCCAUGGAACUACUCUCGGUCUCGCGUCGAUGGUUCGUGAAAUACUUGGAGGAUUUGCUUGGGAAUAGUUUCGAGGUGAGAUUAAGGGAAGAAGAUGCUGAGAUUGCAUGUCUUCUUAGACAGCUCAAAAGGGUAAACGAAUGGAUGAAUGAGUUGAUUGAAAGCAAAGUUGAGAUUGAUCAUAAAAUGGAGCAAUUGAGGAAGAAACUCUACAAGUUCCUUUUAGAACGUGCCCACAUUGCCACUCGUUCGUGUCGGUUUAGGAAAUUACCGAAAACUUGGGUGGCUGUAAUGGCGGCGGAUUUGGAGGUUCCCAUCCCAAGAAUUCCGAGGAACUCGGGCGGAGGCACCGAAGUCGUCGUCUCUGCAAAACACGGCGGCGUUUAUGGAUUUUUCCAAUGGGGGCGGAUUCGUUUAUUUGCAAAAGUAUCGGAAUCUUCAAAGCAAGUGUCUGGUGGGUCAUUGGUUGAGCAAUUUUUACAGCUCUAUGAGAGGAUCCAACAAGCACACGCAUCCUUGAAUUCCCUACUCAACAAAAUGCCAUCAGCUGAUUCAAGCUUGGUCACCGAUGGCCAUAACAACAUCAAUGCCACUUCAUGGAUUCAGGCUGCCAUUGCUACAAAUCUUUCAAGUUUCAAUUUGUUCGAGACGAAAGACGAUCUCCAAACACAAGCUCGAGACAAACAAGUCUACAUCGUCAUUGAGAACGCGGCGAAGAAACUCGAUUUUGAAAACCAUUUCCCUAAACUGACCCCCACGAAUCGCAAAAACUAUCCACGUGAUUCUAGUGCUAAGCUCUCGUAUGCAAAGGAAGAGUGGCGUAGAGGGAAUGGGUUAAAUGAGGCGGCUGAAUUAGCCAUGGAACUACUCUCGGUCUCGCGUCGAUGGUUCGUGAAAUACUUGGAGGAUUUGCUUGGGAAUAGUUUCGAGGUGAGAUUAAGGGAAGAAGAUGCUGAGAUUGCAUGUCUUCUUAGACAGCUCAAAAGGGUAAACGAAUGGAUGAAUGAGUUGAUUGAAAGCAAAGUUGAGAUUGAUCAUAAAAUGGAGCAAUUGAGGAAGAAACUCUACAAGUUCCUUUUAGAACGUGCCCACAUUGCCACUCGUUCGUGUCGGUAGAGAUACAAGUUCAAGGAUCACAUCGACUAGACUGUAGUAAAAAUUUCGAACACUAAUUUUUUUUGAAAUUUAGAGUAGAAACUUAACUCAA